AUGAAUGAUAUAAAUAAUAAUGAAUCACACAAAUUAGUAAAUUUUUCACAUGUUUUGUUAAACAAAAUUGUUGAAUAUCUCUCAAACAAUAUAGAUAAGAUCUUUUUCAGUUUGGUUUGUAAAAGAUGGUUCAAAGAUAGAGAAAGAUAUUUAAAGUUCAGAUUCGAUCACAUGAAUUUGAUUGAUCAACAAUCAUCAAAUCGUAUCUUUUUAAACUCAUAUCAAUUAUUAAUCAACAAUGCGAUCAACCAAAAGAAUAAUUGUACAUUGUUAUUUGGUAAAGAAGAUGAUACUAACGAAUUAAAGUGUGAUUAUAUAAUUUCACCUGAUAAAUUAAGAACAAUGAAUGCUAUUCAAUCAAAUAUAAAUAAAAUCAUUCUUCUACAAGGUAGAAGAUACGAACCAGAAGAGAUAAUGAUAGGGAAAAGUGAUUUGGAACACCUCUACCGAUUGAUAUCGAAUUCAAAUGUUACCAAGUUGAAUGGAUGUAGAGAUUUGUAUCCGGAUUCUCCACUUCCAACCAAACUGAAAUCGAUUUCAUUCCGUAAAAUCUUUAAUCAACCGCUGUUCAAAGAUUGUUUACCAUCAGCACUAAAAAAGUUAAAGUUCUGCCAUCUUUACAAUCAACCUCUGGAACCUGGAGUAUUGCCAGACACCCUAGAGAAAUUGAUUUUCGACGAUGAGUUCAAUCAGCCAUUCGAACCUGGAGUAUUGCCGGCGUCCCUUAAAGUACUGAGUUUGCGAGGUAGGAUUUACGAUCAACAAUUUAAAGUAGGAUCAUUACCACCGAAUCUUGAAGUUCUAGAGUACUAUGGUGUCGACACACCUAUCAGCGAAGGUGUACUUCCAAAAACUCUUCACACUUUGGAUUGUGCACGACUAUCUUGGAUUCCACAUAUCAAAUCGCUUCCGAAUCUCAAAGUAUUGAAAAUCUAUUUAAAGGCAUCAUAUGAGUUGCCAAAGGAUACACAAAUCGAUCUUGGUUGUAUUCCAUCAUCAGUGGAGAAACUUUUCAUUAGCGCACCAUCGAGAUUGUUCUCGGCAAUGCCUCCAUCGAUCAAACAUUUGAGUAUUAGCCAAGCUCAAUAUGAUAUCGAUGAAAUCUUCCCAGAUCGCUCACGCUAUCACUUUGAAACACUUGAAGUUUGUGCAUUCAAAUUGGAAUCUCUCGAGAACUUGGACAUCAAAAAGCUUAAGCUUCAAACCUAUUAUUCGUCAAGGUAUAUCAAUGGUGAGAAAGUCGAUCGAUCUAAAAUCCGUCCGAUACCAAACGGUGUGGAGUUUGUCAAUUUCGGAUAUACCAAUCAAAAACUCUUUGAAAAUGAACAUUCGAUUCCCUCUUCAGUGAAGGUUCUCAAGGUUCCUAUGCUAGAUUGUUUCACACGCUCCAAACUCAUACCAAGUACUCUUGAACACUUGAAGAUUAGUAUGGAUUGUGAAAUCAAACUUCGUAAAAACAUUCUACCAUCAUCAAUUCAAAAGUUAACUCUUCCAAAAUUGUAUUUACCAUCACCUAUGCUAUUCAACAAGAACAAGUUCAGCACUACACCAACCAAAUCACUUUGUAUUAGAAAGCUUGAUGAUCAGUAUUUUAUUGUUUUUGGUCAAACAUACUAUAGUUUCAUUGCAUCGAUAUUUCAUAAAUCAGAGUAUAAUGAUAGAGAUAAAUUUACUUCUAUUAAAUAUUUUUAUCAGCAUUCAAAAUCGGCAAAAUCAUAUGUUAAAACUUAA